AUGACCCAGUAUGAACGUGACCCUGAGCUGGUGAAUUUUUUGUCAAAAGUAGAAGACCUGGACUCUAAAAGAUACAAUAGUAGUUCAAUCACGAAUCCAUCCAGACAACCCCUUUCGCCUGUGAACAACGACUCACCAGGACACAGGAACGUUAGGAGAGCCAAUACAACGACAACCGAAAACGAAGAACGCAGGAACAGGUCGGCCAAUUUAGCUUACCGAUCUGCUUAUAAUUAUGAAAUGACAUUCUCCCCCAAGAAAACUCACUACUCAUUAAAAGAGCUGGAUCUUGAACGGGCGACACCAAAUUCGAAUUUGAAUGAACCUCGCCCUCAAAACGCAAAGGAAUUUGUUAUUUCCGAAGAGGAUUAUUUACUUUUACAGAAGAUGAAAGCUUCUCAAUCGCCUAAUGAUUAUAGUUGCAGUAAACCAUCACCUUCUUUUAGAAAGGACCAUCGCGUGCCAAGUCGAGGCCGACCCAGAGACAAGGAAAUAGUUACUGUUCAAUAUGAUUUUGACUUCCAAGAGACAGCUCGUUUGCCCGCUUCGUCUUCUUCUUCCUCACCCACACCACCACCAAUGCCCACCAGGCGUAGCCAUGUUCAAGUCAUUGAAGAUGAAGAGAAACCAAUGCUUCCAAUAAGACCCGCUAAGGCGGAAAUUGUCGAACGCCCGCUACGAAGGAUCACUAAGCUGGAAUUGCCGGUGCCUGAGCCCGUCAAGCCCAAACCGCCUGUUUCACGUUCCACGAAGCCGACAAGCUUUUUGAGCUCUUUGCAAGAUAACAAGUUAACAAUGGCAAAUAGCCAUGGUUCAGAAGUAGAGACACCUACGAAAAUAGUAAAGAACUCUCACAUUGACUACCUGGAUUCCAUACAAUUAAAACCAGCCACUUUAUCAUCUACAAUAAAUAAUAAGCCUAAGCCUACACCACCUUCUCCCCCGGCGAAGAGGCUUCCCAGGUCUGAAAGCUUUAUUAAGUCUGCAUUGAAUUCGAACUUAACGACAACAUCUAAACCUUCUUUACCUGAAAAACCUCAGGAACUACGAAAUGCAAAGCUGACCGUCCAAAGGGCAAAACCGAGCAUACCGCCAAAGAAAGUAGAGCUAAACCUCGCGUUGCCUGACUUGCGUCCUGUAGAGACUUCUUCAACGAAACAAAAAUUUGAACAUUCCAUGGAUUUACCUAAAUUACGAUCCAGUAACCGUAACGUCAAGAAACAAGAAGAUGAUAGCAUUCCAGAAGCAAUUAAAAAUAUUCAGAACUUAAAAAAAACAAAACAUGAAAAGCCUGCAAUUCCACAGAAGAAAACAUUCCUGGCCAAUGGCUUAAAACCCACAGCAGUUGAAACCGACGGUGAUGUGAGCAAGCUAAAAAACAAUGAGCCGGAAGCUCUCUCGUUAAGAAAUAAUCUCAAAAAGAGCCCUCCAAAAGCACCAGAACGUAAGAUUUCAAUGCCAGAAGCAUUACGAAGAAUUGAAUUAAUGAAAAAAUCCAAAACUGAGCCCGCGCUGGAGCCUGCGAAGGAACUUAGUAUAAACGCGAGAUUGGAUGCAAUAAUUGCGUCCAAGAAUUUGAGGUCCUCCAAUACUGUACCGGAGUUUAACAGUGUUAAAACCACUGCUAAGACUUCUGACGACAUUAAUGUAUCCAAACGGGACGAAGCAAAGGAAACAAAACCCCUGGUACACGUUAAUAAAAAUAGGGCCCGUGGUCCUAGAAGAAAACCUCCCACACACGUAUGA